GGCUGCUGGGCCGCACGUUCGGGUGGUCCGUCCAGCAACAGUCAAAAGCUCCUCUCUCUGUGGCCAUGCUCUCUCGCAGUGUGCGUGCUCUCCGUGCCAGUGCCGCGCAGCUCAGCGCGCGCCCGGUCGCCGCCGCGGGCUUCCACUCCUCCAACACCGUUGGAAGCAGCUUCGUGCAGCACCGCGACACGGAGGACAACAACGCCGACACACCGUUCGAUUUCACACCCGAAAACUAUGAGCGUGUGCACGCUAUUCUGGACCGCUACCCAGAGAACUACAAGACGUCUGCCAUUAUCCCGCUUUUGGACUUGGCACAGCGUCAGCACGGAGGAUGGCUGCCACUGGCGGCUAUGAACAAGGUGGCACGUAUUGUGGACGCCAAGCCCAUCCAGGUGUACGAGGUGGCUACGUUCUACACCAUGUUUAACCGCGAGAAGGUGGGCAAGUACUUUAUCCAGCUCUGCGGCACGACACCCUGCAUGAUCUGCGGCUCGGAGGAGAUCAAGAAGACCAUUGAGAACCACCUGGGCAUUAAGGAAGGAGAGACCACGGAGGACGGCAAGUUCACGCUGCGGGAGGUCGAGUGUCUCGGCGCGUGCUCCAACGCCCCCAUGGUGCAGAUUAACGACGACUUUUACGAAAAUUUGACACCCGAGACGACUCGCGAGCUGCUGGACGCGUGCAAAAAGGAUGUUCCGCCUCCGAUGAACAAGUGGGGCAGCUUGCCCAUGAACGGCCAGCUGUCGUGCGAAGGCCCGCAGGGUAAGACGACUCUCAAGUGGGACAAGGUGCCUGGCCCGGGCUUCCGGAUGCGUCCGGAUGACGAGCUUAAGCCCAAGGUGGACCCCAAGGACAUCAAGGAAGCCAUGCUGUACUAGUUCCCUCUACGGGAUAAUUAAACUGGAGCAGGGAGUGGGCGUUGAUCUCCGCUCGUAGCACUACACUACAUGGCCAACAGGUUGACGCAUUUCAUGUAUUUUGGCGGAUCUUGCUGGCCCAGCGACGAGCAGAGGACUUUUUUAACUCUCACAAUAACAAAAGAAAAAGAAUAAACGGUGAAUGCUCAAAAACUGUAAC